AAUAUGUUACGCCAAAGAAACCGGACGAGUUCAACGGCCAUGGCUGACUCUAAUUUCAGUUUCUAAUUUUAUUCUUGUCCCCUUGACCAAAAGCUGACAAAAAUCAGAAAAUGGUUUCUUCGUUCGUUGAUCAAACCCGAGAAAAACAAUGCACUCAUUAAAAGUCACAGCUACAGAGAACAUAUAAUAUAAUCUGAUUUCCUUGUGCCUUUUGGCCCAACUUAGUCUCCUUGUUCCGAAUUCUGAUUCUUGAUCUAUUCCUUUCUGACCUUGCUAUCUUAUUGUUGAUUCAUUGUUUCUUUUUCUUUGAUGUGCAAUAGAGAUGGGUUGUUCUUGUGCAUCGAUUAGACUGAUCUGUUACGUUACUUGAUGUUAUGAAAUUAUGAAUUUUGUUGCAGAGACAUAUAUUUUGUCAUUGUUAUUGAUGAUAUAUCAAUUUUUUUAGAUCUCUGGUUGAACAAUCCAUUGAAGGCAAUCUCCAAGGCCAGUUCAAGUUCUGGAAGAUCUAUCAGAUUUGAAAUUGGUGUUUAUAUUAAGGAUUUUGCAGCAAUUAGUGUGGUUUCAGGUAGUGCUAUUUAAUCUUUUUGAAGGGCCUCGUAUGGAGCAAUUCAGGCAGGUUGGCGAGGUUGUGGGAAGUUUCAAUGCUUUGAUGGUGUUGAAAGAAGACAUCCGAAUCAAUAAACGGCAGUGUUGUUUACUUCUGGAUAUCUUCAAUUUAGCUUUCUCCACAAUUGCGGAAGGGAUCAAGCAUUUCUUGAAAUCAGAAGAGAAGAACACCAAGUGGAAAGCUCUUGAGCAGCCCUUGAUAGAGCUUCAUAAGGUGAUUAAAGAAGGAGAACUCUAUGUCAGACAAUGCUUGGAUGAUAAAGAUUGGUGGGGUAAAGCCGUUACUCUUCAUCAGAAUAGAGAUUGUGUUGAAUUUCAUAUUCACAAUUUGCUUUGCUAUUUCCCGGCUGUGAUUGAGGCCAUUGAAACAGCUGGUGAAAUCUCAGGACUUGACCCUGAUGAAAUGCAAAGAAGGAGAGUAGCACUCGCAAGAAAAUAUGACAGGGAAUGGAAUGACCCUAAACUUUUCCAGUUGAAAUUUGGCAAGGAAUAUUUGAUCCCUCGCGAAAUUUGCCAUCGUUUUGAAAGUGCUUGGAAAGAAGAUAGAUGGCUUCUUAUUGAACAACUCAAAGAGAAGAGAAGUUUGGGAUCUGUUGUUUUAACAAAGAAUGAGCAGCUGCUUGUAGAGAUGCUACUCAAGAAACUAAAUGCACCAAAGCCUUGUAAUGGGCAACUCUUUCCUGCCUCAACUUUGUUAGGAGGGAAGGAUUACCAAGUAAGGAGAAGAUUAAGUGGAGGAGGCAAGUACAAGGAAAUUAUAUGGUUGGGGGAUAAUUUUGCUGUUAGACAUUUUUAUGGUGAGAUAGAUGAAUCAUUAAAUUCUGAGAUUGCUAAUCUUCUUUCCCUGUCACACCCCAACAUUGUGCAGUAUCUUUGUGGCUUUUAUGAUGAUGCGAAGAAAGAAUUUUUUCUUGUCAUGGAGCUGCUAAGCAAGGACCUAUCUCUCUACAUGAGGGAAACUUUUGGCUCAAAGAGGCGAAGCUCAUUCUGUCUUCCUAUUGUGAUUGAUCUUAUGCUUCAGAUUGCAAGAGGUAUGGAAUUUCUUCAUUCAAAAAAGAUCUAUCAUGGAGAAUUAAACCCUUCAAAUAUUUUCCUCAAAGCAAGGGCUUCCACAGAAGGUUAUUUUCAUCUAAAAGUUUCUGGUUUUGGAUUGUCAUCUGUUAAAAGUUAUGCAUCUCGACACACAAUUCCACCACCACCGCCACCGCCACCACCACCACUACCACCGCCAAGCCAACGUGUAACAGACCCUUGUAUUUGGUUUGCCCCAGAAGUUCUGGCCGAGCAAGAAGGGGGAAGUACCUCUAAUUCCAAGUAUUCGGAGAAGGCAGAUGUUUACAGUUUUGGGAUGCUUUGUUUUGAGCUUUUAACUGGGAAAGUUCCUUUUGAAGAUGGACAUCUUCAAGGAGAAAAAAUGACAAGAAACAUAAGAGCAGGAGAAAGGCCUCUCUUCCCAUCAGGCUAUCCAAAAUAUAUUGUCAACUUAACCAAAAAAUGUUGGCACCCAACUCCUUCUCAACGCCCCAGUUUCUCACCGAUAUGUCGAAUUUUACGUUACAUCAAGAAAUCCCUUGUGAUGAACCCGGAGCAUGCUCAAUCUGAGUUUCAAUCGCCACUUGCAGAUUAUUAUGAUAUAGAGGCAGGAUUCAUAAGGAAGUUUGUGUUAGAGCGGAGUUAUGAUGAGACAUCUGUCACACAAAUCCCAUUUCAGUUGUUUUCCUAUAGAAUAUCAGAGAAAGAGAAGGCUAUUCUGAACAGUAAAGAUAAGCAUUUGGAAUUAGGCAGUGAUGCAGCCUUAAUGUGCAAGGAUGAGUUUGAUUCUGUAGGUGCUAUUAUGUUGGCAAAUGAAACGAGAUCAAUGUGUUCUGAUGUGAAGUCAGUCUGUUUUGAUAUGAGAUCAGUUUACACAGAGAUUCCAGGCAAAAAAGUUUCUCAGUUUGAUACCUGGUCAGUUCAUUCUGAUGCUCCAAUGAAGAAAAUUUCUAUUUCUGAAUUUAGGUCACUUUCUUCUGAGGUUCCCAACAAGAAAAUGGCUAAUCCUGUUUCAAGAUGGAGAAAAACCAGGCCUCUAUUGGAUACCAUUCCUAGUCCUGAUUCUCAGUCAGUUGGUUCCAGGACUCCAGAAAGGACUAUUUCUGGGUCUCUAGGGACAUCAGGUUCCUCCGACACUCAAGCUAGGAAAAUUCCAGGUUCUAAUCCAAAUUCAGCUUGCUCCAGAAAUACCAAAAAUCAAGUUAAAGUAGUCAAGAAAGCCACUUAUGUAAGGGUCAAAAAAUGGGAAGGCCCAGGAGUACCCAAUGCGAAGGGACGAACAAGAGCAACAAUGACAACAGAGUCACCAAGGUCACCAUUUAAACCAGGUGGGCGCGGUUUCAGGAUAGGCCAAGAGGUUAAGAGUCCAUUGGGCCAAAGAAAACGAAGAUCACGGGCUACUCCCUUGAAUUCUGACGCAGCAUAGCUGUUGUUUAGCUCAACUCGAUGAAACGAGUCCUUAGGCUUCCAUGUCAAUUUUGUGUACAAUGUACAAUUUCACUGCAUAUCAUAUCAUGGCCUUCUGUUCUGAGCCAGUGAGCAGCAACGUUUACUUGUUAUGCUUUUAAACUUAAAAUUUAUAAUAUUGAAGAUGAAUAGGCUUGGUUGAUAUUAACCAACUCAA